UAGCAUCAUAUAAAAACGCCCAAAUGCAAAAUCAUCUUCACACUUUCAUAAUCUCACCUACAAUCCUAAAGGCCGCGCCAUUUUUCCAGCAACAACUUCACUCUCCAAAAAAUUCAAAUUUCAGUCCUCUCUCUCUCUCUAAACGCGAGAUAAUCGAAAAUGCUAGCGUUCAAAUCUGAAGAGCACCUGCAGAUUGUGGAGCGAGAAGAGAUCGACGAUGAAGAAGACUUGUUCGAAGCUAUUGAUAAAUUGACAUCCCAUGGAAUUAAUGCUGGGGAUGUGAAGAAGCUUCAGGAUGCAGGUAUCUAUACCUGCAACGGAUUGAUGAUGCACACCAAAAAGAACUUGACAGGAAUCAAAGGAUUAUCUGAGGCAAAAGUUGAUAAGAUCUGUGAAGCUGCAGAGAAGAUAGUGAACUUUGGUUACAUCACAGGGAGUGAUGCUCUACUUAAAAGAAAGUCAGUAGUUCAUGUUACAACUGGAAGCCAGGCUCUUGAUGAACUCUUAGGAGGAGGGAUAGAAACUUCUGCAAUUACUGAAGCUUUCGGGGAAUUCAGAUCUGGGAAGACACAACUUGCUCAUACUCUGUGUGUUUCUACUCAGCUCCCUACUAGCAUGAAAGGAGGAAAUGGGAAGGUUGCUUAUAUAGACACAGAGGGAACUUUCCGACCUGAUCGUAUUCUGCCAAUUGCUGAAAGAUUUGGCAUGGAUGCCGGAGCUGUUCUUGACAAUAUCAUUUAUGCUCGUGCAUACACAUAUGAGCACCAAUACAACCUACUCCUUGGUCUGGCAGCAAAAAUGGCUGAAGAACCUUUCAGGCUUCUGAUUGUUGAUUCGGUAAUUGCAUUGUUUCGAGUAGAUUUCACAGGAAGAGGAGAACUUGCAGAACGCCAGCAAAAGUUGGCUCAGAUGCUCUCCAGAUUGACAAAAAUUGCUGAGGAAUUUAAUGUUGCUGUUUACAUGACCAAUCAAGUUAUUGCUGAUCCAGGAGGAGGUGUGUUCAUAUCAGAUCCAAAGAAGCCAGCAGGAGGGCAUGUACUUGCUCAUGCUGCAACAAUAAGGCUAAUGUUCAGGAAGGGAAAAGGAGAACAGCGCGUAUGCAAGGUGUUUGAUGCACCGAAUCUUCCCGAGAGUGAAGCAGUUUUUCAGAUAACUCCAGGUGGAAUUGCAGAUGUCAAGGACUGAAAACUAGCUGUGGUUUCCUUCUUGCUGCAACAACUGAGUGAUGCUCCUGCCAAUCAAUUUCUUCUCAUAUUUCUGAUAUCUAUAUCAAUCCUGUUAGUCAUACCUACUACUAUAGCACAACAGAACUGGUAAAUUUUUACUCUUUGAUGCUUAGAUUAAAUGAUCUUGAUCUCAAACAGGAUCAUGGAAUAAAGUAACUGCAUGUAAACAAGUGUAUUCACUCUAUGAACUCUAGAUUUACAUCAAA